AAUAAAAGUCAACCUAAGGAAAACUCACAUAAUCAUGUUCCCGAUCCAUGUAAAAUCCAAUGCAAAAUGGCUGUGAAUAAGAUAAAAGAAGCGGCUGUUCAUACACAAAAUACUCCACAUGAUAUAAUCAGUACUGUUCAAAUAGUACCUGGAGUAGCCGGUGCAAUUCCUUCAGUUCAUCAUUUAAAACACACUAUACGAAGAGUUCGGACACGUAACCAAUGCGCACCACCUAUUCCGAAAACAGUGAGUGACCUUAAAAUUGCUGAUGAGUAUACUAAAACAAUAAAAGGAGAACAAUUUUUAAUAUUUUACAGUGGAGCAUCACAAGAUCGAAUUUUAAUAUUUUCGACCGAAAAUAAUUUAAAAUUAAUGGAUCAAUCAACUAACUGGUUAGUCGAUGGGACUUUUAAAACGGUACCUUCACUUUUUUAUCAGUUAUUCACUAUUCAUGUACUUAUUCAACAAGGUGACCAAACAGUUAGUCCUACCAUUUAUGCAUUAUUAACCGAUAAAUCUCAAUCAACAUAUACACGUUUUCUUAAAUAUUUAUUAGAAAUAAAACCAUCUUUAAAUCCUACAUCGGUAAUAAUGGACUUUGAACAUGCCUCAAUCAAUGCAUUCAAAAUUGUUUUUCCACACGCUGAACAACAAGGUUGUUUUUUUCAUUUUUCUAAAUGUAUGUGGCGACAAAUUCAAAAUGUUGGUCUAGUCGAAAAUUAUAUUAAUAAUGCUAACUUUGCUCUUCAUAUUCGUAUGUUAGCUGCUUUGGCCUAUGUUCCACCAGAUAACGUUAUUAAUGCAUACGAAGAAAUUUUAGAAACACAAUUUUAUGUUGAAAAUGAAGACCUGGUAAUGCCAUUCUUGGAUUAUUUCGAGGAUAACUGGGUAGGAAAAAUAACAGGAAGACGAAAAACUCGACGACAACCAAGACAUCCUAUUGAUAUUUGGAAUUGUCACUAUUCAGCCAAAAAUGGUCUUCCAACAACAAACAACGCUGUUGAAGGAUGGCACAGAGGAUUUACAUCUGUUAUUGGAGCAAGCCACCCUAAUAUAUGGAAAUUCAUGGAUGGAAUUAAGAAAGUUCAAAACAUAGAAGAAUUAAAACGAGAGCAGUAUAAUGCUGGAGAACAACCACAGAAAAAAAAAAAAGUACAAGGACUGUAAUAAAAGAAUUCAUGCAUUAGUUACAAAUUAUAAUACUAAUGAGAAUAAGAACUUCAUAAAAGGUAUAGCAUAUAAUUUGUCACUGAAUGCCUAGAUAUAAUUAUAAUUAAGUUGAAUAUAAUUAUUUUAUUUAAAAUUAUUAUUAUUACUACUAUAAGUACUUAUUAUUAGAACUUAACGAUAU